AUGUUGGGUGACUGGCAGAACCUCAAUAUUCAUGUGAAGCAGUUGGCCGAGAUGAUGGAAGGAACGAAAACACGCAUGGCUCCGAGAAAAGACGGGCAACAGAGCAGCAAAAGGCAGAUCUCAGACGAGGAGUUUGGCUCGUUCAUCGCGGAUGCGUACAAGGCAUUUCUUGAAAAGAACAAGCGAACUGAUCUGCUGGAAACGAAGUAG